AUGUCAGCUACAACGCUGAGCCUCGAAUCCAGAGCCAAGUUGUCGGAUGGCAACCUCAUCCCUCGUCUGGGCUUGGGCGUUUACGAAAUGACUGACAACGAAGCUUCCCGCGCUGUCGCUUGGGCGCUCGAAGCUGGAUAUCGUCACUUUGACUGCGCCGAAUGGUACUACAAUGAGCAAGCCGUCGGCUCGGCCAUCAACCGUUUCCUCGAGACCCCUUCCUGUCCGAUCAAACGUUCCGACAUCUUCUACUGCACCAAACUCCAAUCCAACAACGGCUACGACGCUGCCAAACGAAGCAUCUCUCAAUCGCUUCAAAAGUGCGGUCUGGGAUACAUCGAUCUCUACCUCAUCCACAGUCCCUACGGCGGAAAGGCAAAGAGGCUCGAAAGCUGGAAGGCCAUCCAAGAAGCCAAAGACCAAGGUCUCAUCAAGGGCGUCGGUGUCAGCAACUACGCACAACGACACAUCCAAGAGCUACUCGACUCCAAUCCUAAGCACAGACCUACGAUCAACCAGUGCGAUCUUCACCCUUUCAUGGCUAGGUUGCAGCUCGUGGAGUUCUGUCGAUCCAACGGCAUCGAGAUGGAGUGUUGGGGUCCGCUCGUCAGGGCAGAGAGGUUCGGUCAUCCGGUCAUCCUCCAGAUCGCCAAAAAGCACAGCGCAACUCCUGCUCAGGUCCUCAUUCGCUUCUCGCUUCAGAGAGGCUACAUCACCAUCCCCAAAUCCGUUUCCAGGGACCGCAUCAAAGAAAACGCAGACGUCUUCAACUUCCAACUCGACCAGCCCGAUAUGGAUCAGCUUCUCAGUCUCGACGAAUACCUCGUCACCGAGUAA